AUGGCUGAUAAUCUCGUAAACUCCAGUCUUCUAGCUAGUUGUCCUGGUCGAGAGCAUAGAUCAUCGCAACUAACGGCUCCGAAGCGACGAGGAGUUCAAGGAGAAGUUCAAUGUGAAGGAGGAGUCCAAUGUCAAAGAGGAGUUCAAAAUGAAACCAAAGUAGGGACAAAUUCGCAAGUGGCAAAGCCACAAAAGGACAACCGCGAGUCUGCUUCAAUCGUCGGACCAUCUCUUCCAACUGCGAGAGCUCCAUUCCCUCGGUCUUUCCAAAACGCAUUGCUCAUGAGAUCGCAAGAGCACAACAGGUACACAGAAAGACAGUCGAGAACUAAAACAAAUGCUCACCAUAGGGCCUACCACAGCCUUCCAUUUCUAGACCCUCCUCCAAGGUUGAGUCCAUGGGCCUGCACUUCAAUGCAAAUAGGACCAGCCAACCACAAGUGUCAAACCCUCCAAGUUGUCAGUACUAGCCAAGAGCAUUCAAUUCCACAAGCUAGCCAACCAGUCGCAAGUAACGGACGAUUACCUGUAUCAGACGGCCCGUUUUUCGAGCACAGUAGCAUCAUGUCGAGGGUUCUGAGCUUAAGAGAGCGUAUCAGAGUGUAUGGAGAGCAAGGGUGA